AUGUUAAAUAAUUUUUUUUGUUCCUUCCUUUUAUAUGUAUUUAUUAUAAUCCUGAAGCAUAUUGACAACAUUUACUGCUUUUACAUAUCUAAGGUGUGUUGUACCAAUCUGUUUUAUUUGAGAGAAUCGAAUGAUGCAUCGAAUUACUCGGAGGGUCGUGAAAGGUAUAUGCAGGAAAAGAAAAUGAAGAAACUAAAGCUUAAAGCGGAACACAAAGUGGUCAAGCAGUUAAGAAUAACACCGAGAAUUGGGACCAACGAUUUACUAAUAAAAAUAAAUUCAGCAAAGCAGUUUUUGCUAAGAAGACACAGGGUAAAAUUUAUUUUGACUUUAAAGGGAAGAGAGUACACUAAUGUAGAAAACGUAAAAAGAAUUUUCGGGAAAAUUUCGGAAGAAUUAAAAAGUUAUGGUAACUCAGAGACCAUGCGACAGAAUGGUAAUGUUGUUUCUCAGCUGUUUAAUUUAAAGGCUAAAAGAAAAAGUGAAACCUGA